CUGCCCCGCUCCUACGCUGAGGCCGGGACUCUGCUCUGCCCGUCCCAGCCCGGACUGUGUCCUCGGCGGGCACGCGGACCGAAAGGGUAGGGCUAGGGCCGGGCUUCUCUGGGCCAAGGAUCAAGGUCCUAGCCUGGGAUAGGCCCCACGCAUUACAUUCUUGAGGACCCCGCCUCUGAAGAGGGCGCACUGGAGCCCCUGAGCGCGAGAAUCCGUGCCACUUCGACCGGAGGCGGGAUCUAUUGCGUUCCCGCCCAGGGGCGGAAUCACCUGGACCCGAGACCCGCCCUCAGUACAGAAGCGUCUCGGCGGCAAUCACUCGGGGCGGAAGUUAACAUACCCCGAGAGGGAGGCGGCGGAAGUGGGGCCGGUACUGCAAGCCCUUGCGCGUGCGCUGUCCCGCUACCUCCCGGCCGCUCUCUGGGCGCUCUCCCUUUGCCCUGGCUUCUAACCCACGCGAGGGGUUGUGUGUAUUCCCCCCCCGCCGUCUCGGUCGCGCGCUCAGCACCCUUCAGCGCCCCCCUCACUAUGGCGGGCAUCCUGUUUGAAGAUAUUUUCGAUGUGAAAGACAUUGACCCAGAGGGGAAGAAAUUUGACCGAGUGUCUCGACUGCAUUGUGAGAGUGAAUCAUUCAAGAUGGAUCUCAUCUUAGACGUGAACAUUCAGAUUUACCCCGUCGACUUGGGUGACAAGUUCCGGUUGGUCAUAGCCAGUACCUUGUAUGAAGACGGUACACUGGAUGAUGGUGAAUACAACCCCACAGAUGACCGGCCUUCCAGGGCUGACCAAUUUGAGUAUGUAAUGUAUGGGAAGGUGUAUAGGAUUGAGGGCGAUGAAACUUCUACGGAAGCAGCAACACGCCUCUCUGCCUACGUGUCCUACGGGGGCCUGCUCAUGAGGCUGCAGGGGGAUGCUAACAACCUACAUGGAUUUGAGGUGGAUUCCAGAGUUUACCUGCUGAUGAAGAAAUUGGCCUUCUGAACCAUCUGGGAUGCCAGCCUUGCUGUUUAGCCACUCAAGUCACGGACAUCCUGUCCCAGACUCCUGUCUGACUUGUCCCAUUGAGGGCAUCACCAUCCAACUUCCCCCAAGCCUGAGUAGCAGUUGCUGUCAUUCACCUGUUAUGGAGGGACUGGCUCUGCCCACCGCGGUGCACCUUUUGGUGGGCAGAACUCAAUGGGAACUGGCUUGCCUUUGGAAGACCUAGUGGGAGAGCUUAAAAUGAAUUAGAAGUUGUUUUGUGUAUAUGGUUUUUUAAUUAAACUUUAAUUUUUCA